AUGACGGAGGAAAAGAGUGACCCUUGCAAAGAGAAGUAUGCAGCUGACCUUUCUUCCAUCAGGGAUGCGCAUUCUCGAAUCAGAUCAAUCUGUAGUCCCAGGUUGUAUUCAAAAGCAGCUGGUAGGAUUAUCACUUUGCCCGAGACCUACACAAUCGCUGAUGGCCUUCGAGCUUUUCUUGGAGAUCUCACAUGGCCAGUUGUGCGAGACUUUGUCGAUGAUAUUAUAGUUGUAGAUGAUUCCGAGAUAAUAGAAGCAAUGAAGCUCUGCUACGAAAUUCUUAAGCUGGCAGUGGAGCCCAGCGGAGCCAUUGGCCUUGCAGCUGUUCUAUCAGAAAGUUUCCGAUCUAAUACCACUUGGAACUCUUGUUCGAACGUAGCAAUUAUUCUCUCAGGAGGUAAUCUCGAUUUAGGAGCACUUUGGAACUCUUACAUGAAAUGAUAGUUGAAAGCAGUUCUUGCUUCCUCUGCAAUUCCGCCUAUUCUGUUUCUAUCUUAGUGAUUGGAACAAAAGUGUGGC